AUGACCACAGGAACAAAUUUUUAUAUAUACAAAUGGUAUGCUGAUAUAAUUGAUGAAAAAACUAAUGAUGUAACAAUUAUUUAUCUCGGAGAACUUGAAUGGAAUUUUUUGAAACUUAGCUUUACAAAUAUUUUACAAUUUCUUGAUAAAUAUCAUUUAAUAUCACAAGCAAGAUUUUCAAAUUAUAAUUUACCAAUAUUAGAAAAUAAAUCUUUUCAUAUUAAUUCUAUACAAAUAUCUGGACAAUGGAAAUCAAAAAGUGAAUUAAUUAUUGAAAAAUUAUUUGAAAAUCAAGAUGGAUAUAUUCUAUGGGAAUGUUUUAUGCCAAGUGCAUGGGGAGAAAUAAAAAUUAAUGAAAAGAUAAAUAAAGGAUUUGGAUAUGUAGAAAAAUUAACAUUAACUUUAAAACCUUGGCAAAUGCCAAUUAGUAUUUUACGAUGGGGAAGAUUUCUAUGUAAAAAUCAAUAUAUUGUUUGGAUUCGUUGGGAAGGUGAUGAAGAAAAAUUUUUAGUUUAUCAUAAUGGAAUAAAAUAUAUUGAUGGAAUUAUUAAUGAUGAUAUUGUAGAAUUUGGACAUUAUCGUUUAAUAUUAUCUAAAAAAUAUAUUUUACGUAAUGGACCUUUAAUUAAAACUGUAUUUGAUAAAUUUUUAUGGAUUAAAAAAAUUUUUCCAUUAGGAUUUUUUAAUAUGAAAGAAUGUAAAUGGCAAACUUGGUGUGAAUUAUAUGAAAAUAAUUAUUUAAUUGAAAAUGGUUGGUCUAUACAUGAAAAUGUUGAUUGUAAACCAAAAAUAAAUUUUUCUUUUGGAAAAAUAUUUUAUGGUUCAUUAUUUAUAAUUUUACUUCCUUUAAUAUUCAUAUUUUGGUCAAAACAAACAGAAAAUUAUAUUCUUCUUCCAAUUCCAAAAAAUUCUAUUAUUCCUAUAUUAUUUAUUUUAUUUGGAAUAAUUUUUAUGUUUUCUGCUAUGUUAGAAUUAUGGAUUAAAGGUCAUGGACUUCCAAUGAAUGCAUAUCCACCACCAAAAUUAGUAACAACAGGUCUAUAUAAAAUAUUUUCACAUCCAAUUUAUAUUGGAUCUUCAUUAUUCAGUUUUGGUAUAUCAAUAUAUUUUCAAUCAAAAAGUGGAUGUUGGUUAAUUUCACCAAUUCUUACAUUAUCAUGGCUUGCACUUGUAUAUGGUUAUGAAAAUGAUGAUUUAAAACAACGAUUUUCUGAUUGUAAAUGGAAUCUAUUAUUAAAUUUGCCAGAAAAUAUAAAAAUAAAAAGUCAAUUAAAAGAUAUUAUUUCAGUUUAUUGUUUAGUUUUAAUUCCAUGGUUAAUAUUUUAUCAAACUAUUAUAUUUAUAGGAACUCCAUUAAAUUCAAUAUCAACUUAUUUAACAUUUGAAACAAAUUUACCAAUUAUAGAAUGGACAGAAUUAUUUUAUCUUCUUGCUUAUCCUUAUGUGGCACUUCUACCGUUAGUUUUACAAACAAAACAACAAAUUCGUUCUUUUAUUUUGGCUGGUUUGAUGAAUAUUAGUAUUGGAAUUUACUUACAAAUUAUCUUACCAUUUGUAGCUGUACCCAGAGAAUUUAUUCCAACAACAAUUUUAGGGCAAAUAUUAUUACAUGAACGAGAUUUUGAUGGACCUACAGGUGCUUUUCCCUCAUUUCAUGUAUCUUGGGCAUUUUUAUCAGGUUAUUAUUAUACUUGGAGUUUUCCAAAAUAUAAAUUUGUAUUUUAUAUUUUAUCAAUUUUGAUAUCUAUAAGUUGUAUAACUACAGGGAUGCAUAGUAUAAUAGAUGUUAUAGCAGGUUUUAUACUAUUUAUUAUUUGUAUUAAACGAGAAAUAUUAUGGAUUUAUAUAAGAAAUUAUUUUGAAAAUUUAGCAAAUUCAUGGACAGCUUAUAGAAUUGGUAAAUUACGUAUUAUUAAUCAUAGUUUUUAUAUAUUUCUAAGUACAUCUACAGGUGUUUUUAUUCUUUGUUCACUUGUUGGACAUACAUAUACUAUAAUACUAGCAAGUUCUUUAUCUAUACUUGGUUCAGCAAUAUGGGCACAAUUUAUUGAAAAAUCAUCUGGAUUAUCUCGACCAUUUGGUUAUUUUGGUUGUAUUGCUGGUGGUAUAAUUGGAUCAAUGAUUGCUUCAUGGCUUUUUACUAUUCCAAUUAUUUCAAUUUUAUCAGCAUAUGCUUUAGUAAGUCCUUGGAUACAAGGUCUUGGUCGUUUACGCUGUAUUAUACAAGGAUGUUGUCAUGGUAGAUCAACGAAUAAAUUUAUUGGAAUAUUAAUUAAGAAUCCACAAUCACGUGUAUGUUCAAUUUCACAUUUAAAAAAUACUUAUAUUCAUAUAACACCUGGUUAUUCAAUGAUAGCAAAUCUUAUUAUUGGAUUAUUUUUAUGGAGACUUUGGUAUUCAAAUGUUUCAUUAUGUUUAAUAGUUAGUCUUUAUUUUAUUUUAAUUGGACUUAGUCGAUUUGUUGAAGAAGAAUAUCGUGGUGAAAUUCAAACACCUAUUUAUUAUAAAUUAAAAAUCUAUCAAUGGACAUCAAUUUUAUUUGUAUUCAUAGGAAUUAUUAUAAGUAUGAUUCCAUUUAAUGAUAAUAUUUCUUUAAAAUUAAUUUGGAAAUAUGAAUAUUUAAUACCUUCUAUUCUAUUCGGUUUAUCUACAGCAUUUGCUACAGGAAUGGAUUUUCCUGAAUCAAAAAGAAAAUUUUCUAGAUUAUCAGAUUAA